UCUUCUAUUUUCGUAAUUGGUGUAACUUACUUGUUUUACUUAUCUAUGAACUAUUAUCAAGCAGAGGUGCCAAAUAUUUCUUUUUUAUUGCGAUAAGUGGUCUUAAAAGUUUGUUCCUUUCAUGCACCAAAUCAUCUAAUUAUUUUGUUUUUUCUGUUUUUGUAUUCGAAGUGCUUUUACUGGGUCGUUUAGAUUUCUAUUAUUCGGGAUUCUUGGGCACAUCUAUGGAAUUUAGUAGCAGUAAGCAGUUAUGCUGGUAUUAAAUAUAAGUGGAUGGAAGGGUAGGUUAUGUUUACAUUCAUGCAUGGUUUGAAUAUUAUGCUAUUUGGUGGGUCCGGAAGAAAUCCUCUACUAUUAAAGUUGGGUUUGUUCUCUAUCGCAUUUUCAAAAUCAUUAUAAUACAUCAUUCAAUAACGUCCGUGUUCUUUGCUGAUUGAUUUUAUCUGGUGCAAUUUUUAGCCUUUGGAUUAGUUUAUCUGAUUUGGGGUGAUUGGUCAAAUGAUGGAUUCUUGCCAGUUAAAAAAAAAAUUGGUGGAUGGGAGAGUAAGGGAUAGAAGUGUUUGAAGAUGAUGGAAAACAAGAGAAGCCCUUGCUCAGUUGACCAUGGCACUCUCACUUCUCUUGCAACUAAAAGACACAAGGCUGAUUUUUCUAUCUCCACCAAGGAACGAAAAGAGAAACUUGGGGAACGCAUCGUAGCUCUGCAGCAGCUUGUUUCACCGUAUGGAAAGACUGAUACUGCAUCUGUCCUUAUGGAGGCGAUGGAAUACAUACGGUUCCUUCAUGAACAAGUUCAGGUGUUGAGUGCUCCAUACCUCCAAGGUACAUCGACAGCACAAAUGCAGGGGUUAGGGCAACACAGUCUAGAAAGCAAAGGUUUAUGUCUUGUACCAAUCUCUUACACUGCAGGCAUUGCUCGUAGCAAUGGUGCAGAUAUCUGGGCCCCCAUCAAGAGCCCUUCUCCCAAAUGUAACAAGUCUAUUUCACAAUUUCAUUGACACAGUUUAGCUCAGCAACUUGAAGGUUGUUUCAAGUUUCUAGAUAAGGUGGCGUUAAGGGUAACCAACAUCCGGGAUGCGUGACAAAGUUUUGUCCAGCAGAUGCAACUCUGUAACAGAAUUCAACAUCGGAAAAAUGGAGCUUCGUAUGUUAUAUUAGCGAAGCUCUGAAUGAUGUAAAAUGUCAUGUCCCUAUUCUAGUUUUAAGUGAUGACAAGGCAACGGUAUAUGUAUUUCCCGAUUAGCAAAAUGUAUAUUUACAAACCUAAGAUGUACAAUAAACAUUAACAGAAGAUUAAUCAAAUAUAUGGGGAGGCAUUUAUGGUUUA